AGAGCUCAGGAGGGAGGACAUUCAACUAGAAGCCUGAAGAUAACACAUGAUGGCCUCGCUCAAGAUCGCUUUGCUUCUCUUCGUUUGUCUUGAAGCCUGUGCUCUGACUUCGGCUUUCAACAUCGAUGGUUUGCAAAAUGUUCCAGAUGCCCUGAAAGCAACCGGGGACGUCUGCCAGGACUGCACCCAAAUAUUUGAACUCCUUGCUGACAUGUUUUCCAAUGCAGACCUCCAGAGAAAGAUGAUGGAUGGCAUUGAACAUCUGUGUGACCACCUGCCGGGACCAGCUAGUACUGCUAAACUCUGCAAAGACGAGGUGGAGAAGAUGCUCCCAAUGGCCAUCAACUUCAUUGCUGGUAUCGUAAAACCAGCAGAGGUCUGCAAAGUCAUUGGACUCUGUGGCUCCUGUGAGAAGCAGGAGAAGAUGCUCAGCUAUUUCGUCAAGGAGGCCCUUCAGGUUGCUGCGAAAAGUGAAAAUCUGCAGUCCACAACACAAUGCACCUUCUGUGUUUUCCUGAUCAAGACUUUGGAGGACUUGCUCCCUAAAGAAAGGACCGAGGAUGCCUUGAUCAAGCUGCUGGAGGAGAUUUGUCAUACUUUGCCCUCCGCCUACCAAGAUGAGUGCAAGGACGUGAUUGGCAGGUUCACCAAGACGGUGCUGGAUGCGAUCCUGAGCUACGCCACCCCUCAGGCCAUCUGCACUCUCAUCCAGCUGUGUAAGGGGCAGGAGGCUCCUCUUGUAGACCCAUGCACUUUGGCAACCUACAGGUGCAGAGACAUGACUACUGCCCUCAAAUGUGGAACUCUGUAUUACUGUCAGAAAUUUGCCUGGAAGCCUCUCGACACACUUUAAAAUGUUACGGGUGGGCCUAAAAAAUACGAGUCAAACUCAGUGUGCCCUUGGACGACCCAGAUCUUUCAACAUCAAACUGCAAAUAUUACUCGUACUGCUUGACAAAUGUGACAUUCUGUCUCAUAGCAUUUCUUUCUGACACUGAUUUGAUAUCUUACUGCAUUUUUGGAUUUUGCUCCGUAUUUACUGUCUGCUUUGAGUGAAGAACACCAGGACGUAGCUUUACAAAACAUCACGACAAGGGACAAAGAUAACUUCUGUAGUAAAAGGAAUGUGGAUCAGAUAUGAAAGCUCAGCUGUCGGAUCAGAAAGUUGAAUUAUUUGUAUAAAAGAAAGACAUUUCACAAAUAUUCCGUAUACUUGAGAAUUUUCUAUUUAAAACUUUUUUACUCUUUUAUACUAACCACUAUAUAAAAUGUUUCAGGGCUUCAUCCCCUACAUUUAGUCAGAUUAUCUGACUGAAUUAAGUAAACAUCACUGGAUGGGUCUUCUAUUCUGCCAAUAAAGGAGCAUUUAAAAAAA